GACGUCUGGGUAUCGCGAGAAUUGACCAGCUGUUUAGUCUGUGUUUUUUUUAGGCUGGUGCUAGUCGGUCAACACGUGGGGAAGAGAGGCUGACUUUCCACAGGGACACAUUAGAUAAACUCACAUUAUAGUAUUGCUUUCAUCGUGGCGGCGCCGAGGACCAUAAAAUACUGUGUAGCUGUUAGCGUCCUGAGGAAAUGCCUCUGAGGUUUCGCUCUGUUGUGCCCUACACACUGCCUGGAGUCCUGGCACUUAUUGGCUGGUGGUGGUACAUUUCGCGGAAGAAAGAGCGGCUCAUUAGCCAUGACAGCCAAGAGGGGGCUCCAACCACUAUGGGCCUUAGAACAUCUCCAGCAGAUGGGAGCAAUGGUUUACUUGAGAAAGGCACUGUAUCCCCCACAAAUGACACAGAAUGCCCCACCCACAUACCUCCAAAGGGCAGUAAUCAGCGAAAAGAACAUGAAAAUAUUUCCCAGGUCCAUAUCCAGGACACUGAAGCAGCACCAUCACUGAAACAAAGCUCUGAAGAAGCUGCCCCUCAUCUUGCGAGACUAAAACCAGACAAAGUACCUGAACCCUCAGUCUCUAGCCUGCCAUCACCUAGCAAAGAAGACAGCCUGCAGGUGUCACUGGAAGACAAGAAAGACAGAGUGAAAAGCUCAUCUUCUAUCUUGGAGCUGGUGGAACACAAAGUUAAAGAUCCAGCAACAGUAGAAGAGGCCAUCUUGUCCUGCCACUCUACCAAAGUUACAAGCUCCUUCCCCGUAACAGCACACCUUUCUGAUGCAAAGAGACCUGAGCCAGAGGGAGAAGUUUCAAAGCACCACAGCUCUGUUAAUACAGAAGAUGAGAUGGUUGUUUGUGCAGUCACUCCAGGCAAAGUGCAGAGAGUAAUCGCAUCAGAGGGCGAUUCCCUAGAGACACCCCCUUCAGUGCAAGAUUUACACCAACGCAUUCUAACCAGCACACCCACCUUUCACGCCCAAGCCUCCACAGCCCUGACCUCGGUCCAAGAUUCCACCACCCCAUCGACAACCCCACUGGACAUACAGGUACAAAGUGGCGGUGAGGAGCAGGACCUGGAACUUCUAGCAUCUGGACUCAUAAAUGAGGUGAUCUCAGCAGCCACCCAGGAGGUCCUUAGUGUCACCAGCUGCCAGGUUGCAGACAACAGCCAGCCCAGCGGCAGUGGCAGCACACCGCUGGGUAGUGGCAGACUAUGCUCCCAACAGGAACCAAUCAUAGCAGCACAGCAGCAUCAUCAUCUACUGACCACCCUCCCACAGAUAGGCUGUGAAUCUAGAGAGGUAGUAGAGAAAGAAGAGCAAGGGAUGCCAAAUGGAUGCUCCCUGUUCAGUCACAGGGAUCACCAGGCAAAUAGUGCACAGAGAGGCCAUUGGCCAACACCAUCACACCAAGCAGCGCAAAGUGCCCCUUCGCUAAUAAUGCAACUGAAAGUUGAUGAAGCAGUUGUGGUAGCUGAGGACUCAGCGUGCAGUACAUGCCACUCUGAGGAUGGCAUCAGCAGUGAGGACCUCCAGAACAGCAUGUUAGACAACCAAAUGAAUGUUAUCCAGGUUACAGACUUGUCAGGAAGAGAGGCCACACAGUCUCAGUCACUGGUUGAGACAGCCACAGAGGCAAUGGUUUUGGCUGAAACUGAAGAAAUCUCAGUGGAUGCUGUGUGUGACAUAAAGAGGCUCAAUGGACUGGGCCUGAGGAAUGGAGCUCAUGGGACAUGUGAAGUGGAAACGGACCAGUCUGGAGGCUCUGAUGUGAACAGUAUGGACUCAGUGGACAGUGGCUGCACUAUGGGUGCUGGGGAAAGCCAGAGCAACCAAGCUGCCUCCUCGAGCUCUGAGCUCAUCAUCUGGGAAAUUGAGGUGCCAAAGCAUCUUGUAGGGCGAUUAAUCGGGAAGCAAGGGAGAUACGUGAGUUUUCUGAAGCAGAACUCUGGCGCGAAGAUCUAUAUCUCCACCCUGCCUUAUACACAGGAGUUUCAGAUCUGUCACAUAGAGGGUACACAGCAGCAGGUUGACAAAGCCCUGUCCUUGAUUGGGAAGAAGUUUAAGGAUCUGGACCUUACCAACCUGUAUGCACCUCCACCACCCCCACUCACAUUACCAUCACUACCCAUGACUUCCUGGCUUCUGCUUCCCAGUGGAGUGACGGUUGAAGUGAUAGUGGUAAACAUUGUGUCAGCUGGUCAUGUCUUUGUUCAGCAGCACACCCAUCCCACUUACCAUGCUCUGAGAAGCCUUGACCAGCAGAUGUUCCUCUGCUACUCCCAGCCGGGGACUCCUGCUUUGCCCUCACCUGCUGAAGUUGGUGUGAUCUGUGCAGCUCCAGCAGUGGAAGGAGCUUGGUGGCGAGCUCAGGUCAUCACCUUCUAUAAAGAAACCAGUGAAGUGGAGAUCAGAUACGUUGAUUAUGGGGGCUAUGACAGAGUUAAGAUUGACUCACUGCGGCAAAUAAGGUCUGAUUUUGUAACACUACCGUUUCAAGGUGCUGAAGUAUUGCUUGAUAACAUCGCCCCACUUCCAGGAGAGGAUCGUUUUUCACCGGAGGCCACAUCAGCAUUAGAGGAAAUGACCAGAGGAGUGGCGUUGCUUGCACAGGUCUCAAACUAUGAUAACAACACAGGCCUCCCACUUGUCCACUUGUGGAACAUGGUUGGAGAUGAGAUAAUAUCAGUGAACCGCACUGUGGCGGAGAGGGGCCUGGGUGUUUGGGUGGAUGGAUUUUGAACUCCUUUCAUGCUCUGACCUCAUCCCCCCAUUUUGUUGUGAUCAGCAAGGAAACCGGUCCUCCUGGGGUCCUAGCCCACACAGACACACCAUCGGAUCAAAAAAGAUUGUUUUUCCUUUCUUCUUCUUUUUUUUUUUUUUUUUUUUGUUGCGCUCCCUGAUUCCUUUGAAAAUAAAUUAAAAAUUGUUUGCAGGCAUAAUCUACCAGAACACAGCACUGCUUCAAAAAUAACACAACUAUCUUCUGUGGUUCUUGUACCCACAAUGAACUUAAAGAUGGAAAGGAAGAGAUACCUGUAAAAACAUUAAAAAAAAAAAAAAAAAAAUCUAUAUUGUAAUUGAAUAAAGGUUCAACCAAUAUUUUCCCUCCCUCAUCCUACCAUAACUUUUGCUCUGGGCCUUUUCUCACUGACUGUGGAUCAUCAUGCUGUAUGAAAGGACGCACCUCCAUCAGUCUUUGUAGACACCUGGAGACACAUAGUUUUGAGUUUCAUUGACACCAACUGGCUAUAGUUGUCUCUAGGACUAUACAUUUCAAGUUGAUUUUAGGGGGUGCUUGACUGGAUAUAAUGUGGGAGACAAUUCCUAUAGAGAGAGCUGGAUGUUGGCACACCAAGAGGGAGAGGUCAGAGGAUGGCCCCUUAUGGAGCACAGAGCACCCAGUUGGUCUGCCCCAGCCCUGUGGCCUCAACAGACAUCAAGAGCUGCUGCUGUUGCAACUCCUGAAUAGGAAAGAAGAGGGAUGGGGUUGCCUUAGUGCAACCUUUUCCACCAAAUAGCACUGUGUUACAGAAGUGCCAGGACUUCCAGCCUACCAGAAUAUAUCCAGUUGAAAAGCUUUUCAAAUUGAAACUUGGUUGGGCAAGACUUUCUUUCACUUUCUUUGAUAGCAAGGCAACAUGGCUGACGACACAGUUUGAAAUCGCCAAAUGCAUACAUGCAUUCUGUUUUGAAAGACUGACAUAAAUGUAAAGAUUGAUGCUGAUUUUUUUUUUCAUGGCACUUCCAAUCCCAAAGUUUAGAGUCCCUGAAGACCUGAACGAGUAUUAUUUUUUUUUUUUAAAUUGCACAAAAGAUUCUCCUUUUAACAUUUAGAAUUCAUUAUACAAAUUCUGGACUUUGGGAACUUCAUAUGAAAUUUGCAUAACAGUCAGUUUGUCUAAAUCUAUUAAAACACUUGGUAAAAUUUACAUCUGAAAGGAAACAAAGCUGCUAGAGUUCCAGGUUAACAGAUUUACAGUUACUGUCUCUGUAACCGAAAUGUGUGAGCAGAGUCUCACUAUUAUAGUGGAAAGUUGAACUCUUAAUGCAAUGAGGGAACCACUAAAAACUCAGACUUACAUGGGGAAAAGAACACUACACAAGAUUAAGUUUGCAGUGCUGCUUUUUAGUGCGUAUUAACUGUCUAAAAUCCAGUUAACAUCAGUUUGUGUCAUUGGUGUGCAUUGUAAACUGCCAGGAACAUCUCUGUUCUAUGAGUUCUAUGCUCUUCACUGUGUGGACAUUUUUGGUAAACUGAGUGUUGGAAGUGUCUGUGGUCUGUCUCCUAUCAGCCUUCAUGUGGCCUUUUUCUUCACAUGUGAGUUAACUUUGGUUGUUAAUGAUUUGACACAAGCCUGGACUUCUUCAAAGGCCUAGUAACAACUCUGGUACAAACCUGAGAAAUGGAAGAAGAAUCAUAGAAGAAGAAAGUUUUACAUAGUCAGGCUCUCUUUGGAAUCAGUGGCUUCACUGGGCUGGGGGGGGGGGGGGGGUACAAAAAAGUAUAUUCUUUGAGGGAAAAACGUAUGUAAUAUAUGUGCAACUUGAGCAGAAUAUGAAACAAAAUACGAGUAAGGCUAAGUACAUAAAUAGUAGACAUUGUGAUGUGUUACUUAUUUUGCCUGACAUAGAAUAUUUUCUCCUUGUUUUAACAAAAAUCCUAGAUCUGUGAUAUACAUAAACAGUUCUGUUGUGUAUUGCUGCUAAAGCAAAGAGGAAAAGAAAAAACCUGACCUUUUUUAAGACUUUUUUUUUUGGUCAAAUUUUGUCAGUUUUCAUCACAAAGUUGCCUCGUUUCGGUGUAAAAGCAAAUGCUGUCAGGAAUUUAAAGAUCUUUGUGCAAUCAAAAUGCCGAUAGAAUGAUCAUUCAGUGUAUGGGCUAUUUAUUGUGAAAAAUUAUAACUUACUUGGUAGAAGCUCUGGCUUGAACCCAGAGUGGAAACCUGGACAACCUGGAACAACAAAAUAAUUCCACUGAUCUAUAAACACAUUAGUUGUUGUCAUGGUAUUCUCCCCUGGUUUAAAAUGAGCCAGUUUGUGAUGUGGGAAAACUUAAGUUGGGCCAAAAGGAAGGCAGCCUACCCUUAAAUUUCACUUCAUGGUACAGCGCCAAGAUGGGAAGAGCGUCCUUAUUGAGAAUGAUCAAAAUGUUAUGGUGUAAUUAUGAGUUACUGCAUUAAUGUUUUGCCUUAAUUCCAAAAUAAAAGCGUAAUGUCACUCAAGAACAUCCAGUCCAAGUCUAGCAAAUAAACUGCUGGUUGACAGUUGACAAGAUCAUUUUAGCUGUCUGCUUGGCAUCAGGUCAUCCUUAAGGCUGUUUCAUGAACAAGUGUCAGAAGAGCAGAAGUUAUUACUUGGACACAAUCAAACUCCCAUAACCCAUGGUUUAUGAACAUGGAAAUAAAGCACAGGUGAUAUCAGUUCUUAGUGAAGUUAACAGAUAUGUAAAGACAGCGCAGAUGUAGGACCUUAAGGGAAAGCUCAGCCUGACAGUGAACCAGACAAAGGUGAUGCUAACAUGGAGGGCUAUUUUUCAAAUCAAAAUUCAAAUUGAAAGUCAGCCUGAUUUAAUGAAGUAAAUCUGUUUUUUGACACUGUUGAUUUUAUGAAACACCCCUCUGGAUUAGUUAAACCACAUCUGAAGAAAAGGAUCCUGCUGAGCAGGGAGAGUCACAGUCCCUCAACAUGUUACAAUAGCAUUUUUUUCUGAAUGUGUCUUGACACUGUAGUAUAGGUUUAUUUUUUUCAGACAUUGAAUCAUGUUUAUCCAGUGUCAUGAAGUCAGACCUAUUAAACCUAUGUGUUUGCAAUUCAUAUAUGGCAGUGUAAGAUCCGGCCUGAAAGGGCUGAAUGAACUGUGUAAGGGAUUGCUUUCCAUUAUGACUGUACUAAAUAACAUUAACUUGAUGCAUUUCUGAGGUCUUUUCUCUUUUUUUAUUGAGUCUCUUCAGUGGAAAUGAAAUCACUGUUACUCUAGCAAUAAGGCAGCUUUAUUUUGACAAACUGAAGGACAUGAUGGGAAAGGGCUGGCCUCUAAGUGUUCCAUUUUGACAAAAGAAAGUUAACUGCAUACUGGUUGUCAAUAGGUGAAUAACACUUGCUCCUUAAUAAUACAGAACUUUAAUAAUGUAUCUCAGGAAUGGUUAAUUUGGUGUUUGAUUAGUGAUUAAUAAAGGGGGGGGGGGCAUGAUUGUGCUUUGAAAAAAAAAACUGAUAUUUAAGAAAUUAGGCAUUUUGUAUUACAUAACAUGUAUGAGUUCUUGAAGGUGUCCACAUGUUGGUGCUGGAAUUGGAGCAGUAGCCAUAUUGUCUGUUGUUGGCUUGUGCGCAUCCUUCCUCUGUUGUAAAUCAACAUCGUUUUUAAAAUCCAGAUUAAAUAUGCCAUGCAAGUAUAUCCCCUCUUAAAGACAACAACCCAGAGAUCCUUGCAACACCUGUUUGAUCAAAUUAGAGUUUUGUUCAUUUCACUGUAAAUAAGAUAUUUGACUGUACUUUUCUAUUACACUGGAGAGAGAUAUAAAGGGAACAUGAUUAUUGUUAUUAUUUCUUUUGUUUCUGUUUGGUUUGUUCUGGUUCAUCCUGCCUCCCCUCUUCCAGUCACUCAACGUUCUCAAGCUAUGGGACUGAUUUUUAAGUGUUUUAAAUCAUCAUUUGAUUAUUUAAAUGGGUGUUACGCUCUUGUGCCCAAAAGCUUAUAACAUGUACAGGUCAGUUUUUGUUAGGCUCAUCUGAAGUGUGAUUUGUUGAUUGUACAGAUCUAUUAGGAGGAAAAAUAAAAGUUAUUGAAAGUG